AUGGGGGGCAGCGUCAAGAAGCAGGAAGCCGUGAGGCGGUACGUCAGAUCCCGGGCUCCCAGGAUGCAAUGGACGGCCGAGCUCCACAGAAGCUUCCUGCAGGCCAUAGAGUGCCUCGGUGGAGAACACAAUGCCACUCCUAAGCUGGUUCUUCAGGUCAUGGGUGUGAAGGAGCUUACCAUAUCUCACGUCAAGAGCCAUCUGCAGAUGUACAGAGGCCCGAGCACUCGUAAGGCGAAGAAAGAGACGGAGGCACAGCUGCUGCAAAGGAGGCACUCAUGUGCCGCUGAUGAGCAGCAAGGAGGAGGCCCCAAGCCCUUCAUGUGCCCACCUCUGAAAAGGGUCAGGACGGGGGCGGGGACGGAGGCCGCGCACGAAGCAGGCAUGCAAGGAGGCCAAGGAAUCAGUGGGAUGAUGACCAGCGGCGCUGUCAACCAGUACUCUAUUGAUGAUUACUACUACAUGCAAGCCAUGGCCAUGCAGAGGAGAAUAAUGGAGGGCCUCAGCUGUCAGAGGGAUGCUGCGGCUGCUGCUGCUUCCAGCCUCCAGACCGUGGCAUGUUUGGAGCAAGGAUCUGGCGACUUUAAGAUAAUCAAACCGGAAGCGCACUACUAUCCUGGUCUUGUGGUGAAGAAGCUAGACCCCAAGGAGGACAGCAACGGGGCGGAGCAGUGCUCCCUGUCGCUCUCCCUUGGCCUGGACCCGAGAUGCUUCCGUGCCGCCGUCUCAUCGUCGUCGCCGAGCGAAGGCAGCUGCAUCAUCUCGUCGUCGUCGCCGCCGCCCCCGAGGAGGAGGAGCUCCAGCCACUACUCCGGGCACUCCGGCUGCUUCGACGCCCAGGGCAUCAACUUGGAGCUCUCCCUGUCCAUCUGUGGGUCGUAG